UCCACUCCACUCCAGUCAUGUGUUGAAGAUAUCACAUUUAGGAGAGAGCACAAGGAAGCGGCUGGAACACCACUCGGAUUCUCGUAAGCACUUCGUCUUUACGGGCCAGGCAGCCAUUCCAUACCACCACUGGAUGCAGAUCGGGAAAGGAAGGAAGGAAGGAAGGAAGCACCUCAUGAGGAAGUUUUUCCCAAGUUUGCAAGUGCACAAACUUUGUGUUGUGCACCUCUCGUGAAGAUGGAUGCGACUCUCACUUUCUUUUUGCUUUUCACUGGGAAGCAUUGAAAGGAGUUUUCAAAAGUAUUGUUGUUGUUGAUGUUGGACGACUUCAAUUUCGCCACCUGACAAGAAACCCAUGAAUGUUUAGAAAAAAGGAGCCAAAAUGAAGACAGCUGCCAAGGGUGCGGGGAAGUCCACAAUGGAUCCUUUGCAAGGUGACGGCUGCUGGAUGAGAAGGAUUGCGCUGACGUACGCCGUCCUGGUUCUCGUUUCGCUUCAUUCGCCGGCGGUUCAGGGCACCCUGGAUCUACAGUUGGACGAGGAACAACCAGCGGGAACCAUCGUCGGUGACAUCAGCGCGGGGUUGCCUCCCGGCGUCACGGCGGCGCUCUAUUUCAUUUCCGACCACGAGGGCACCGGCGUGAGCACCGAUUUGGACAUUGACGAGAGCACGGGAAUCAUUAAGACUGCCAAAGUUCUGGACCGAGAACAGAGGGACAGGUACCACUUCAUCGCUGUAACCAUGACAGGUGUGACUGUGGAGGUAACCAUCAAGGUGAAUGACAUCAAUGACCACGGCCCGACAUUUCCCAAAAAACACGCUACCUUCCGAAUCCCCGAGCAGACGGCUAUCGGCACUCGCUUUCCUCUGGACCCAGCGGUGGAUGCCGACGGAGGUCAUUUCACCACCCAGGGUUACCUCAUCAAAGAUGGAAACAUUGGCCAGGCGUUCACUUUGGAGACCAGGAGGGGAAGCAACGAAGUUCUGUAUCUGGACUUGGUGGUCAAUGCCAUCUUGGACAGGGAGAAAAGGUCGACCUAUACUUUGUCCUUGGAGGGCUUUGACGGGGGUUCCCCUCAAAGAACCGAUCAAAUGACACUAGAUAUCACCGUCCAGGACAUCAACGACAACGCUCCCGUGUUUAAUCAGAGCCGCUACCACGCCAUCAUAUCGGAAAACCUGCAACCAGGAAACAGAAUCUUGCAGGUGUUUGCCACGGACGCCGACGAGGGAGAAAACGGCGUGGUGACGUACGAGAUCAACAGGCGACAAAGCGACCCCGAUCGCUACUUUGUUAUCGACCCCCACACGGGCGUCAUCACCCUCAACAAGCCGCUGGACUUUGAGAUGCGGCGAGUCCACGAACUGGUGGUGCAAGCCCAAGACAAUGCCACGCACCCGGAGGUGACCAACGCCUUUGUCACCAUCCACGUCAGAGACUACAACGACAACCAGCCCACCAUGACCAUCAUUUUUCUCAGCGAGGACGGCUCGCCUCAAAUCUCAGAGGGCGCGCAGCCAGGACAGUACGUGGCCCGAAUCUCGGUCACCGACCCGGACUACGGCGAGUACGCCAACGUCAACGUGUCCCUGGAGGGCGGAGACGGCAAAUUCGGACUGACCACCAAAGACAAUAUCAUCUACCUGGUUUGCGUGGAUCAGAUUCUCGAUCGCGAGGAGAGAGACGUUUACGACCUGAGGGUGAUGGCCACCGACUCUGGCGACCCUCCUCUCAGAGCCGAAUCUUCCUUCACCAUCGAGGUGACCGACAUCAACGACAACCCGCCGCUGUUCGACCAAGCCGUGUAUCGGCAAGUUAUCCCGGAGGUGGUGUUUCCUGGCACUUUUGUCUUACAAGUGACCGCCAGAGACAAAGACCAGGGACCCAACGGGGACAUUAGCUACAGCAUCCUUUCGGAUAAAGGCGCCUUUGCCGACUGGUUCAGCAUAGACGCCGUUACGGGGAUUAUCACCACUCUGUCCCAGCUGGAUUACGAAAAGAACCCCAAUCCCAGCAUAACCGUCGUGGCCACAGACGAAGGGAGACCGCCGCUGUCGUCUACCGCCGUGGUCAACAUCGUACUUCAGGAUAUUAACGACAACGAGCCCGUCUUUGAGAGCAACUUCUACAACGUCUCUGUCGGCGAGGAUGCGGCUCCGGGAACGUGCAUCUUGGAGGUGAUGGCAACAGAUGCGGACGGUGGUUCCUUUGGCUCCAUCAGCUACUCGCUGAGUUCGGGCCAGAACAGCGCCACCAACUCCCAGUUCACCAUCGACAAAGAGACCGGCGUCAUCUGCACUCGUGCGGCGCUGGACCGGGACCAAGGCCAGAGCAGCUACGACUUCACGGUUACUGCGGUGGACGGGGGGGGCCUGAGCACGCAGGCCUACGUGAAGGUCGACCUGGUGGACGUCAACGAUAACCGGCCCACCUUUUACCCGCUGAGCUACGCCGUCAGUCUCAGCUCGCAGAGCGCUCCCGGGACCUCGGUGGCCCGAGUCGUCGCCUACGACCCGGACUCGGGGGAAAACGGCCGGAUUACGUACAAAACCGCGUCAGGGGGGUCUUCCCCUUACUUCACCCUCAACAAAGACACGGGUGUGAUCUCUCUUUCCCGCUCCGUCCACGGCAAGGCCAACUCGGUCAUUGCGAUGGUGAUCUCAGCCCAGGACGGUGGAGGCCUGGCCGCCCUGGUGGACGCCAAGGUCAACAUCAGCGUGGCGGCGGGUGCGGUGGCGCCCCCCGUCUUUGAACAAGCUCAGUAUUACUUUGCAGUUUCCGAGGACGUCUUGCAGGGGACCGUCGUGGGUAGCGUCCAAGCCCAAAGUAAGACAGGCCUCCCCCGAGAUAUGGCCUACGCCAUCAGCUCCGGGGACCCCACGGGAUACUUUACGGUGGAUGCCGACACCGGAACCCUACGGACCCGUCUGUCCCUGGAUCACGAAGCCCGGCCGGCGCUCGACUUGGAAGUGCAAGUCCGCACCGGGAACCCGCCGGCUUUUGGUCAGACCCGCGUCCACAUCGCCAUCCAAGACGUCAACGACAACCCGCCGGUGUUCCUUCCCUCGUCCUCCGAGUCGCUGCUCGUGCCCGAGCAAACGGAAAUGGGGACGGCGGUGUACCGCGUGCAGGCCGAGGACAGAGACUCCGGCGCAAACGGCCAACUGUCUUUCGAUCUGUCCUCUCCGAGCGGCGGCCAGAGAGCUUUCAGCAUCGAACGCAGCAGCGGGGAGAUCCGACUGGUAGGGCCCCUGGACUAUGAGAGCGUCCCCCGCUACGAUCUCCGAGUAAUCGCCAAAGACGGCGGAGUGCCUCAGCUUAGCGCUACUUUCAUGCUCGUGGUCCACGUCCAAGCAGAAAAUGACCAGGGACCCAUGUUCGACACGCUCAGCUACCGGGUGGAGCUCAAAGAAGGCACUCCCAUCAAUACGCGCUUCCUUCGGGUCCGGGCCCUUAAUAGAGAAACAUCGGGUUCCGGAUACUUCAGUCCUCUUUCGUAUCACCUGCGGCCGGACGGCGACGCCGCCGGCUUCGGCAUCGCUUCGGACAGCGGCUGGCUCUUUGUGAAGAGCGCCCUGGACCGAGAAGUCAAGGACAUGUAUCUUCUCACCGUGCUGGCCAGCGCGGGUCACGGACAGCUGAAGAAGACCGGCAGCGCCACCGUCAGGAUAUCGGUGACGGACGAGAACGACAACCCGCCUCGACUGGCGCGGCCCAGAGUCUUCAUGGCCGUGAGGGAAAAUCUGCCGGCGGGGACGGGCUUCGGUCGCGUGCUGGCCACCGACCGUGACAGCGCUUCCAACGGACGCCUCAGCUAUCGUCUGCUGCACCCCGACCGCAACUUCCAGAUCAACUCGCACACAGGUGAAAUGAGCACCAGGGCCAGCCUGGACAGGGAGCAGCAGUCCAGCUACCAGCUGGUGGUGGUCGUGCAGGACGGGGGCUCGCCUUCGCGCAGCGCCACCGGUACUGUCUUUAUAAGUGUGCUGGAUGACAAUGACAAUGCCCCCACAUUCGUCCACAGACAGCCCGAGAAAAAACUCACCUUCCAGGUGUCGGAGGCUCAGUCUUCAGGAGUUCUGCUGGGCACCGUACAGGCCAAAGACCCGGACGAAGGAGAGAACGGCACCGUACUUUACUCCUUGUCAGGUCCGAGGGCCGAGCGCUUCUUCCUGAACGCCAACACGGGCGAGCUGCACUCGUCGUCGCCCCUCAGCCACUCGGAGCGGCCCGAGUACGUCUUGACGGUGACGGCGAGCGACCGAGGACUGCCGCCUCGCAGCUCCUCCUGCUCCAUCGCCGUCCAGGUUCUCAGCACCAGCAGAGCCUCUUCAAAGAGCAACUCGCAUUCGAUGGCUUUCAACUCUGUGGAGGAAGAAGCCAAGCCGGGUUCAGUGGUCGGUUCCGUCCGCCUUCACGAUGGAGAAAGCCCGGCGGAGGGCCAGGUUACCUACACGGUGGUAGGGGGCACCGACAGGGACGGGACUUUUGUGGUGGACCGCUCGACCGGAGACGUCUACCUGGCCCGGCCUCUGGACUACGAGCAGGACGCUCACUACGCCUUGAGAAUCGAGGUGGACGAUUUCUCUCAGGCUCCGCCCGUCAGUACCCUGGUCCACCUGGACAUUAACGUCAAGGACAGUAAUGACCACGCCCCUCAGUUCCCCGAAGACCCCGUCACGGUGGUCAUUUCGGAGAGCGUCAGGCCGGGGACUUCUGUCUUCACGUUCCAGGCCGCGGACAAAGACGGCAGCGGGCCCAACAGUGACCUGACCUACUCCAUCCUCCGUCAGUUUCCGGACAUCCCCGGUCUGCUCACCCUGGACCCUUCCACCGGGGUUCUUACUUUAAACCGAGAGCUGGACCACGAGGUCCACCCCGGUCUGAUCUUGGUGGUAAAAGCGACGGACUCGGCCCCGGACGCGAGCGAGAGGCAGUGGAGCUCGGUCACGGCGAGGAUUUACGUCACGGACGAGAACGACAACCCGCCGGUGUUCGUCUCGCCCGCGGCGGUGAGCGUGAUGGAGGACCAGCCGGUGGGCUUCGUGGCGCUCUACGUCAUGGCCAGGGAUGCGGACCGAGGGGAGAACGGCAGGGUGACCUACGCUAUCCAGUCGGGCAACACGGGCGGAACCUUUAGCCUCAACCCCAACACCGGUUCCUUGUCUAUCUCCAAAGCGCUGGACCGCGAGGAGCAGGAAGUCUUCAACCUGACCAUCGUGGCAGAAGACCACGGCGCCCCCCGCCGCUCGUCCAGCCAGCCGCUACGCGUCUUUGUGGUGGACGUCAAUGACCAAGUCCCUCGCUUCGAGGAGAGUCACUACGAGGCGCAGAUCUCCGAGAACCAACCGCGAGGUUCCUCCGUGUUGACCGUGUCAGCCUUCGACCUGGACCAAGGAUCCAACGGGAAGGUGACGUAUGGUUGCGUCACAGCGGAAGGUUUUACGAUCAACCCGGCGACCGGCGUCAUCACCAGCACUCAGCCGCUGGACAGAGAGCUUCGGGAGUACUACACCGUCACAGUUUAUGCAAAAGACGGAGGCCUUCCCCCGAACUACGCCAAAGCCACCGUGAGGGUCCGCGUGCUGGACGAGAACGACAACGCCCCCGUCUUUGGACGGCAGUACUACAGCAUGGAGGUGCCGGAGAACAUGGAGCCACGGCUCCUUUUCACACUGCGAGCCACCGACCAGGAUGCGGGAGAUGGCGGCGUGAUAAGCUACAGAAUUACAGCUGGGGACCCAGCAGGAGAUUUCCACCUGGAGCGACAAUCCGGUGCCCUGUCCACCUCCGGCUCUCUGGAUCGGGAAAAGAGAGCCGUAUACAGCCUGACGGUGGUCGCCCGGGAUCAGGGCCACCCGCCCCGCAGCAGCACCGCCACGGUGGCGGUGAGCGUCAGCGACAUCAACGACCACAGCCCCCGGUUUAGCAGCAGCGCCUACACGGCCGACGUGUCCGAAGACGUGCCCGUCGGCUCUUUGGUUCUGGACGUGAAAGCCACUGAUCUGGACGAGGGCCCCAACGGCCAGGUUGUGUACUUCCUGAGCCGGGGCUCCGAGAGCAUGUUCAUCGUAGACCGGGACACGGGCCGUGUCAUCACGGCGGCGCUUCUGGAUAGAGAGCGGACGGCCUCUUACACCUUUGAGGUGUGCGCCACCGAUUCGUCGCCUUCCGACCCUCGCAACGCCACCGCCCGGGUCAUCGUCCACAUCCAGGAUGUCAACGACAACGCCCCCUUCUUCAUUCAGGACCCGCUCAUCUUGAACAUCUCCGCCGGCAGCCUGUCGAACCAAAGAAUACUGGCCACCAUGAGGGCCGAGGACAAAGACUUUGGGGCCAACGGGUCGGUCUUUUACCGCUUUGCCAACCCGGUGAGGGGCUUCGCCAUCAACUCGCUGACUGGCGCCAUUCAAGCCACGGAGAAGCUGCAGGCUCUGACCCAAAGCCAGAGGACUUUGAUCGUGCAGGCCAUGGAUCAGGGCACCCCGGCUCAGUCGUCCUUGGGGGUGGUCAUUGUUUAUAUCAAGGAGCAGACAUACAGCGGGAUUCGCUUCUCUCGCACGGCGCGAGACGUCAGUCUGCAGGAGAACGCUGCAAAAGGCACAGUGGUAACGCAGACCCAAGCCCAGUACCCAGACGGCUCUCAAAGUGGGGUCAGCUACAGUCUUUUCAGCGGAAACCCAUUGCAGUCUUUCGGAAUCAACACGGUUACCGGCGAAAUAUGGGUCCAGAAAUCCGAAGGGCUCGACUACGAGGAGACCCCGAAACUCCGGCUGGUGGUGAAAGCCGAGACGGCGUCCUCCAGCUCCUACAUGGCGGUGAACUUAAUCCUGCAGGACGUCAAUGACAAUUUGCCUCGCUUCCAGCUGCAGAACUACGUGGCCUAUAUCCGAGAGGCGCAGGGUCACCAUUUUCCCAUUAUCCAGGUUGCGGCAAACGACCUGGACCAGGGUCAAAAUGGCCAGGUGACAUACUCCAUUCGGUCGUCAUCUAUGAGCGCUCUGUUCAAGAUCGACCCGCUGACUGGCAGCAUCAGCACCACGGCCAUCAUGGACAGAGAAAUCUGGACGCAAACAAAGCUUGUCGUCACGGCAACAGACCGUGGAACCCCGCGACUGGCUGGCUCCGCCACUCUCACCGUGAUUAUCGUCGAUCUCAAUGACAACAGUCCCAUGAUUCCUCUGCCGAGGGAGAUCCGAGUGCCUGAAGACACCCUGAUUGGCACAGUUAUCAGUCAAGUGACAGGAAAUGACGUGGAUUCCGGCCCGGCCCUUUCCUACACCCUCUACCUGGAUGGCGACAGCAAGGACAUGUUUGGAAUCCACUGCUAUGGCGGCGGCGUGUCUCUGGCAAAAGCACUGGACUAUGAGGAGAGGACAUGGUACACGCUGACCAUCCGCUCGUCAGACUCGAAACAUCAAAGCGAAGCCAAUCUGACCGUGCUGGUGGAAGACGUCAACGACAACGCACCCGUCUUCACCCAGGAUUUGUAUCAGGUGACGGUAUCAGAGCAUCUCCCAGAAGGCAGCGCUCUUGUCACCGUGACAGCCACCGACUCGGACUCCGGGGACAACGGAAAGAUCGCCUACCGAGUCAUGUCGUCCACAAGGGGUGUUUUCUCCAUUGACCCGAGCAACGGAACUCUGUUUGUCAAGCAAACGACCAAAUUUGACUUUGAAAAUCCCUCCAUCCUCGUGGUUGUGGAAGCUCGAGACCGGGGCAGUCCCUCCCUCUCGUCACUGGCGACCAUCCAAGUCCAGGUGUCGGACAUCAACGACAAUACUCCUGUCUUCCAUCAGUCCGAGUACAGAGCGUCCGUGUCUGAAGACCAGCUUCCCGGCUCCACGGUUCUGACCUUAGAGGCGGCCGACGGAGACCUGUCGCGUGACAACUGCGCUUUUGAUUUUGCCAUCGCCAGUGGCAACUCUGGCAACGCCUUCCAAAUUGAAAGCAGCGUGCGCUUCUUGGAAGGCAAAGGCUUCCAGACGGUCGGAAGCCUCAUACUGGUGGAAGAGCUGGAUUUCGAAGCCGUGUCCACUUACAACCUGAGCGUCGUGGUAUCGGAUCGCGGGAUCCCCCAGCGCAGCUCCUGCGUGCCCAUCCUAAUCAGCGUGACGGACGUCAACGACAACCCACCGGCUUUCGGCCGAGGGGAGUACAGCGCGGUGCUGAGCGAGAGUACCGCCGCAGGAACGGAAGUGCUGCAUCUGUCUGCCGCUGAUCCAGACUCUGCUCCCAACGGGGCGGUGCAGUACUCCAUCAGCUCUGGAGACAAAACGGGCCUUUUCCAGGUGGACCAAUGGACCGGGGCCUUGAGGCUACAGCGACCUCUGGGCAGUGAGAGCCAGUUGUCCCACAUGAUUGUUGUCCAAGCUACAGAUGGCUUGGGACACUAUGCCUUUGCCCCAGUCAGCAUUGACGUGAAGGAUAUCAAUGACCACUGGCCAUUCUUUCCACUCAGUCAAGUAACGGCUAGUAUCAGGGAGAAUCAGCCUAAAAAUGCCUUGGUGACCAUGCUGCACGCCAUCGACCACGACAGAGGGGUUUUUGGAAAGUUGCGAUACUACAUGCUGGACGACUCUCAAGAUGGAAGGGAAGCCUUUUUCGUCAACCAAACGUCAGGAGAAGUGCGGACCCGCUCGACUUUUGACUUUGAGAGAGUGAACUCCUUCCAUUUUAAGGUUGCGGCCAUGGAUGCCGGCAACUAUUCUGCCACCGUCACGGUGCAGAUUUAUGUCUCCGGGGAGGAUGAAUACGAUCCUGUUUUUACCUCCCCGGAGUUCUCCUUUCAAGUGCCCGAGGACGCGAAGAAAGGGCAGAUCAUCGGCAGAGUGCAAGCCAGAGAUGAAGACGGAGGCCUGGACGGUGUUGUGCUGUAUUCUCUCUCAGCCAGUUCACCUUAUUUUGAAGUCAACAAAUCAUCCGGGGCCAUCUCCCUAAAGAUUGACAGCUACGGCAGACACGUGAGCCGCUCCAAACGAGAAGUGCGCCUGAUGACGCUCGACCUGUUAGCCCACAGCCCACUGGAGACGUCCCGCACGGCGGCGACCAAAGUGACCGUCGACGUGAGCCGCACCUCUUUCGGACUGGCCACAGACAUCAACAUGCUGCUAAUAAGUGUCAUCGCCGUGUCUCUGGGAAUAAUAGUCAUACUGUGCGUCAUUGCCGUGGCACUCUUUUGCGUCAAACUGAGGCGCCGGAGGAAAGAACAAAAGAGACACAGGCGAACCAAGGCGUCGGCCACCAUGCUGCACAAGUUUGAGGAAAGCAAAAUAGCCGCGAGUGAGAUUAUUUAUCACCAGGCCCUUCCCGGGUAUGUUGCUGAUCAGAGCAGCGGCAGCAGCAGCAGCAGCAGCGGGGGGCCGUACACUCGCGGGGGAUCCCUGGACCCCUCGCACUCCAGCGGCCGAGGCUCGGCGGAGGCCGAGGCGGCGGAGGACGACGAGAUCAGGAUGAUAAACGAAUACCCUCGAGUGUCCAGCAUCUCCUCCUCCAUGCAGGAGCGUAUCUCCGCUCGGGGUCCCGACUCCGGGAUCCAGCAGGACGCGGACCAGUUGUCGGAUGUGUCUGGCGAGCCCUCUAUCGAUUGGUUCAAAGGGAAGAAGAUGGGCAGCCUCAACGGCACUCUGCUAGCUGGGCAGGUGCCGAUCUACCGAGACGAGGGGGGUGGGUACGCGGGCAUGGGGCGGGGCCUCAACGUCUCCCACCACAAAGAUUACAUCUUCCCCGAGGACGGAAAGCCAACCGUGGACGGCUCCUCGACCGCCAUCGUGGCCAGUGACGAGGAACUGCGGGGCAGCUACAACUGGGACUACCUUCUCAACUGGUGCCCCCAGUUCCAACCUCUAGCCAGCGUUUUCACCGAGAUAGCGCGAUUAAAGGAUGAAACGGCUCCCCCUCACCCCCGCCGCUCCUUCCACCGCAAAAGCAAAGCGGAGUCCAGAAUCGACCCGCCUCCGCUCAUCACCUCGGUGGCGCAUCCUAGCGCAAAAACUGUAGCUCCCAAGCCGGCUGUGGGGAGGACGUACCCCCACCUGUCCACUUUCCGGAGGUCUCCCCUGAGCAGCGAGGGAUCCAUCUGCUCGGUGGCCAUGUCGCCCAGUUUCUCCCCGUCCCUGUCGCCACUGGCGGCGCGCUCUCCGGCCGUCACGCCCUUCAGCGUCUCCCAGGGCCCGUCGGCAUCCGUCAUCAGCGCAACGGAACACAGUCUGGAGCAAAUUGACGAGGCCGAACUGAGGGUUUGAACUUUGGGGACAACCUCGGGCUUCCACUUUAUGACCGCAGCGUUGUGCCAUUUCCGUUCUUUUGCUGUGGUGCGGCACAUGCGGUGGGGCUGCUUGAAGACAAACAGAGAGGGCCGAAAUGGACUUUGUUCUUAUCCCGAACUUUAUUCUCCCAUUGGUCCACGUUGGUUUGUACAUUCAAACGAGGGGGGCGGGGGUUCAAACGCGAUGUCAAUAUUUUGUAGAAAAAACAUUGUCUAUAUUUUUAUACUGAUAUGUGGUUUCCUCACAAGCACAUGGCAUUCACGUCUCGAAGGGUUAUUGAAAAAAAAUAUCUUUGUAUAUUUGUAGUUUGUGUUGUAUCCUUAUUUGUACUGUAAACUCUCAAAUGUGUUUUUGAAGAUCUUCUAGAUGUUGUGGCAAAUUAUUGUAGAUAGUGGAUUUGGACCUUGACCUCUCUGCUUGUGCAAAGACUUCAGUUCCGCCGCAAAGGAAGGUAAUCGUGAAUGUGAAGGCCUUGCAGAGUUUGUCUUUCGGGUGCUUUAAUUUAUCCUAGCCGGCCGGCCUUACCGCUUCACGUCGUGCACAAGGUUCAGAUAGCAGAUCUAUUUCAACAGAACGCAACGCAGGCUCCAAAGCAUUGCUGCUAAGUAACAGAAAAGACGAUGUCUUUCAUCCCACGUUUGUUUUGAUUUUCAAAGGAUGGCAAAUUACCGAAUGUUCCAAAAAUAAGAGAAUGUUUUAUCCUUAGCUAUAUUUCACCAGACAGCCUAUAAGCCAUUUACAGUAAAUAAUACAAUGCAAGACUUGCCAAGGUCCAAACUAAAGCGGUUCCUCCAUCCCUGGAAUUAUUUGACUUACUUUCUCCAUUUAAAUCACUUUAAAUAGCACGCUUGGUAUUUUUAUUAUUUAUUGUGUUGGCAGACCUCAGAAGCUUCCUGUGCUUUAUGUAAAUUAUUAUGAAGAAUAGUGGCAAGUGAACAUGGCCAGAUACGUAUAUCCACUCAUCGACUAAAGGUACCUUAUGGCCUUUUUUGUACAAACGUGCGUCACGUCCAGAGGAAUGUUUUGAGCUCAAGUGCCUGAUUAAAGAACUCUGAUGGAAACGUGAUCAAUCUUGUUUCUUAAGUUUGAUAUUGAAAUAAAAGAUAGACAAUAAACGACAGCAAUAUGAGCUUCUGAUUUCACAUUUAAAUGAAAGGUGAAUGUGUUGCUAACUUGAAUACGUAGUAUUCCGCUCAAGGCAAAAAGCUGUCUGGUUUCGUACGUGCUCUGUAUUUUACUGGCAGCCAGUUUAGGGUGUAGUCUGCCGUAUGCUCGAGGUGAGCUAGCAAGCUAUGUCCGUGAACAGAAUAAACGCUAGAAAAAUGGAUAGAUGGGUCAAAUUCUCUGAAUGAUGUGCCCUUGUAUUGCCCAAAAUGGCCGCUUCCAAACCAUAAUGAUGAACUUCCUGUUCAGUUUUAGGCAUGGCUCCUUGAAACGUAUGCUUACAUCCUGUUAUGAUAAACAUGCUAGCGGUUCAGUACACUUCUGCCAAAUACCGAUCUAACCAACGAAUUACAAGGAAACAUUUGAGAAGUCAGGCUAAUUGCUAAGCUAACCUAAGAUUGGGGAGAAGCGGCCUCUAAGCUACAUCGUAUAAAAAAGCAAUGCUAUCCGUACCGUCAUUUUUUGCGUGUUUGUUUUCACAAUGGGGUUUUGAUUUUGACAGUAAUUGUUCUCAAAAUGACACGACGGUGGAUUCAUCUGUCUACUGUGUCUUUCUUUCUGUCUGGCUUUUUUUUUUGUUUGUAUGUCUAUCAAAUUAA